CGACUAAGCUAGUUCUUCACUUCCCAACUUUAUAUCAUGAACAAAUAAUUGUCAUUAUUAUUAAAUUAAUUUAAAUCUAUACAACUUGAUUUUGACCUCAAUUGGGGAUUGGUUAUGAAUAUGUACCACACAACAUGGUACGUUAAGUUGAGACAAAACUAAUUCGACGGAAAUUACGAAGAUGGCGAGUAGCCGAGAGCAGAAAUGGUCUCUCAAGGGCAUGACUGCUCUUGUCACAGGUGGCACCAGAGGCAUAGGUUAUUCAAUAGUGGAGGAAUUAGCAGGAUUCGGUGCAUCUAUACAUACGUGUUCCAGAAAUCAAAAAGAGAUCAAUGAAAGGCUGGAAGAAUGGAAAGGCAAAGGGUAUGAUGUUACUGGUUCGGUUUGUGAUUUGUCUUCUAAAGAACAAAGGGAGGAACUCAUGAACACCGUUUCUUCCAUUUUUGAUGCCAAACUCGACAUCCUUAUAAACAAUGCUGCAAUAUCUCGACUUAGAGAUGCAACAGAAUAUACAACCGAGGAUUGUUCAUAUAUAAUGGGGACAAACUUUGAAUCUCCUUUCCAUUUGACUCAACUCGCACACCCAUUGCUCAAGUCAUCAGGGAAUGCAAGCAUCGUGUUCAUCUCUUCUGUUGCUGGUGUCACGGGUCUUCCUUCCAUAUCUGUAUAUGCAGCUGCUAAAGGUGCAAUCAAUCAAUUGACCAAGAACUUGGCUUGUGAGUGGGCUAAAGACAAUAUUCGCACCAAUGCUGUUGCACCAUGGGGUGUCAGAACCACCAUUAUGAACUUCGAGAAGGUGGAUGACAAAAUUAUUGAAGCAUAUGCCCCAUUAAUGGCUCGCACUCCAGGCCGUCCAAUAGCAGAACCUGAUGAAAUAUCACCUUUGGUGGCAUUCCUUUGCCUCCCAGCAGCAUCAUAUAUUACUGGACAAGUUAUUGUUGUCGAUGCCGGAUACACAGCCGGAGCAAAAGGAAUUGAAGCGUAUCCCUACAUUUCUGGAACUUUUUCUUAUUACCCACCUUACUGCAGAGGCCAAGAAAAAAAAUUCAAGGCUAAAGAUUAUGAUACAAUUCAAGAGUUGGAGUUUUGUACACCUACUGCUGCUAGAGCAAUAUGUGAAAGAUACACUAGUGCCAUGGUUGAAAAGUAUGGGGAUGACCUAACUCAACAUCCAGAGGGUGAUGUUGACUUGUGGGUGCAAGCACAAGAAGGGAGAGGCAAAUACAACUAUAUUUACGGGGUAGGAUGUUCAGAUCUACAUUUCGUUGUCACGGGGACAUCAUCAAACAGGAACAAACCAACCUCUUCUAAGUACCAGCAGUCACAACAACGGGUCCGGGAAUUGGAACAAGCUCAUGCCGAAUUGGCCCGACAAAAUGGUGAAAUGGCCGAAAGACAAGCACAAAUGGAAAAUAAAUGGCGGAAAUGGUCGAGUUCAUGA